GGGAUAGGUUUAUUGGGGAGGCGGAAGGUUUGAAUAGCCAGGCCCUGUGACUGUUGAUAUUCUUGCACUGUGGCUGUAACUUCGAUCCUCUCGGCCUAUCCAGUCUAGAAGCGGAAUCGUAGUCUGGUUAAUUAACUCCUUUCGUCAGAUUUCCUUUAAUUCUGCUCAAGUCUUCGCUUGUGACUGACUCCCCACCUUUGUUUUUCCUGAAGGUGAAUCUCUGGCUCCAAUCUGAGGAGGCCAUGUCUGCAGAAUUGAUUUCAUCUGCAGAAGAGGAUGUACAUCCUGGCUCAGGACCCAGUUUUAGGUCCAGUCAGAGGAAGAUAUUAAACCUGCUCUUGGAGAGAGACACUUCCUUUACCACCUGUCCAGAUCUCCCUAGAACUCCAGUGAACAAACUCUUUGGCGAUUCUGCAAACCUAAGUGUUUUGUCUGGAGGAACCCCAAAAUGUUGCCUUGAUCUUUCCAAUCUUAGCAGUGGUGGGGAGAUGUCUGCCAGUCAGCUUACCACUUCUGCAGACCUUGAUGAAACAGGCCACUUGGAAUCUAAAGGACCUCAGGACAUACAUUUAGCUGGGAUGAAUCAUCACCAGCACUUUACAAAAUGCAGCCCAGCACAGCUGCUUUGUAGCACUCCAAAUGUUUUGGACUGUGGCAACAGGAAGAAAGAUGCAGUAUGUAGCUCACCCACAAAUAAAGAAAAUAAGAAUAACACUUUGAAGUCCUCCGAGUGGUGGGCAUCCAGGAGCCUGAAGUUUCAAAAGACACCAGGGGAGCCUUACAUGUCUCCCCUUUCUCUACUGGACAAUGGAAAGUUGGUGGAAGGAGAAAUGAAGUAUCUGGGCAGUCCCAUUACUACACUUCAAAAAUUGGAUAAAAAUUCAGAACUAGAAGAACACCAGGCUGAGGAGAUUUCAAAUGAAUUGAUGGAGUUUUCUCUGGAAGAUCAAGAAGAGAUCAAGGCAUCUCUGAAUAGAAGCUCCUUGUAUCGCUCGCCUUCACUGCCAGAGACUCUGAACAGGCCAAGACUGAAUCAGGUGGUAAAAUUCAAGGACAAUCCCAUAGCGGAUAAAGUAAAACAGGAGUAUUGUUCUCACAACGAAGAAUUCAGGAAGGGCUUAGGUCUAAAGAAGGCAGUCUCUCUCUGUGACAUUAAUAUCACUCAGAUGCUGGAGGAAGAGUCUAACCAGGGGUCUCUGAUUGGUGAUUUCUCCAAGGUGUGUGUGCUGCCAACCGUGUCAGGGAGACACCAAGAUUUGAAGUACAUCAACCCAGAAACAGUGGCUGCCUUACUGUCAGGGAAGUUCCAGAGUCUGAUUGAGAAGUUUUAUAUCAUCGAUUGCCGCUAUCCAUAUGAGUACCAGGGAGGACACAUCCAGGGAGCCUUAAAUUUGUACAGUCAGGAAGAACUAUAUGACUUCUUUCUGAAGAAGCCUGUCAUGCCUCUGAACACCCAGAAAAGAAUAAUCAUCGUGUUCCACUGUGAAUUCUCCUCAGAAAGGGGUCCCCGAAUGUGCCGCUCUCUCAGAGAAGAGGACAGGGCUCUGAACCAGUAUCCUGCAUUGUACUACCCAGAGCUAUAUAUCCUUAAAGGGGGCUACAGAGACUUCUUUCCAGAAUAUACGGAACUGUGUGAACCACAGAGCUACUGCCCUAUGCAUCACCAAGACCACAAGGCUGAGCUGCUGAGGUGUCGAAGCCAGAGCAAAGCAUGGAAAGGGGAGCGGCAGCUGCAGGAGCAGAUUGCCUUACUGGUGAAGGAUGUGAGCCCAUGACAAUGGAUCAGUGGUUUGCUGCUUACAAGUCACCCAAAGACACUGUAGAAACCCUGAACAGAAAGAGCCAUGUUGAAUGUGGCAAAACCCAACAUUGUUAAAAGAUGGCUGCAAACCAACAGGCUGCCAAGAUAAUGAAAUUCUAGGUCUGGGGGUUGGUUUUAGCAAAACUGCUGGCUGUUGACUAAGUCCCGGAGCUGGCUUUAGAAGGCUGUAGCUUUGGGUUGGAUGGAGAUUUGUGUUGCUUCAGGAAGUGGUUACAUUCUCUUCCCAAUUAAGUGUUUCUUACAAGCCAGCCAGCUCUUUCUCUCCCUGGGUCUGUGCAAGGGAGUUGGGCAUCUUCUUUCUCUGUACUUUCCUUCUUUGUUUCCCUCUCUCUCUUUUUCUUAAAUGAGAAAAUAAACACUACAAAAUUAGA